AUGGAUAUUGGAAGUGAAAUAGAAAAGAGACCUUUAGCGUUCGGUGAGCAUUUCACAAUCCCCAGGGGGAGUGCACCACCAGAUAAUGACCCUCCCGUACUUGUCGACAUCAGUGAUUCAGAUGAUCAUGAGUAUGAACUUCAUCCGGUUAUUGAAUUUUUUAAGGUAUCUUGUGUGACUCCUGGAUCCACAAAGCGACUGUACAGCAAUGAGUGGAGUGCUUCAUGCAGCAACAAUUUGACAGAUCUGGUGCACCAGAGUGGUAGCGCAAGUGACCUUCCAUCUUCUUCAGGUGUUUCUCGAGUUCUGGACGAAGCAAGUAAUGCUUCUUCUACUGAUAAUGGCGUGUAUCAGAAGCAGGCAGCGCUUUUUGAAAGAGUUUUUAAGGGCUUUUCUGUAGACGACAGAAGCAGCCAUAACAGGGUCGUCAUCUUUGGUUCACUGCAUACUUUUCCAUCUUUGGAAGUGCCGCACACUUUAUGUCGGGAAAGUUUUGUUAGUUGGACGAAAAAGUUUUGGAAAAGAGAUGAAGUCAGUAUUACUCGAGGGCGUGACAGUUCGCUUAGUACUGAUGAGGAAAUUUAUGUGCAUCAUUCAUGCCGUAUUAAUAAUAUUGCACCUUCUGAACCCGGUUCUAAUUUGGAAACUCGUUUGAUCAACAUUUAUGGAGAUCCUCCGCAUGAUGAGCACGACAGUAGCCCAAUAACGAUAGAUACUGCUUCAACAGGUUCGGCAGGUCUUGUUGAGGAAGAAAGUUCUGAAGUUCCGCAGAUGAUACGGUCUGUUCCCGUUUCAUCUGGAACUAGAGGAGAUACUGGUUUGAACUUCAUCACACAGUCUGACGAUGAAAAUGAUGGUUUUUUUCUUGGAUGGCAUAGUGAUCAGUAUGACGGCUUUUUGAUCGUUCAUGAAGAAAUGGAGGGAUAUGGUCAUGGGACGAGAGCGAGGACAAUUGGACGGAAGGUUGAGGUAAUAGAGGUGCUCCCUCCGAAGCGUUUUCGGAGUUGGCCUGUUAUUACUCUUGAUGAAGAAACUAGCGUGGAUAGCUCGGGAGAAGCUGAGAAUUCCUCAUUGAAAAUUUGUGAGAAUUCUGAUGCUGUUGGAGAUGAACCAACAUCAGCGAGCUGCCAGAAAUGUUCAUUAUCAAGGAUAGAAAAUGAUGAUGAUCAUGAAGUUCGGCAGGAAUUAAUUUGCGGGGAAGGUCUUUCUGGCGAAUCCAGUUCCGAGUUACAGCGUCAGGUACCACUGCCAUGUCAUCCUGCCGAUGUGGUAGGCUGCUCUGCAGUUGCCUCAGUGACGUGUCUUGCGGGUGGUCCAUUGUUCAAUUUUAACGAUAGGUGUGUAUUUAGUGAUGGAAAUAAUGAGCCAGUCGAGAAGAGCGGGGAUGGGAGAUGCAGUGACUUGGCGAGGCGUGAAAGAAAGUUGAUUCGAGCGUUGAAGGUCAUUGAAGGUGCUGAGAAAACUUACCAAAGUGAUACUCGUGUACACCGUCUUGAUCGGUUAACAAAGCAUGUGCGUCGUGGUAUUCGUUGUCUAAAAUGCAUUAAGGAAAUUUGCAAGGCGCCAGCUAAAUACGCCGAAUCUUUAGGUUCCACUUCAUUUUCUGGUCGAAGCUGGCCUUUACAGUGA